AUGUAUGAGUGGUGUCAAUGUGAGGAAGAUGCAGGUCAGAGCAUUUGUGCUGGUUACCGUCGCAACACUUGCGCAGGUGUAAGCAUUGAGACUGUUCACAUGCACUGCUUUUGCAAUUCUCAUGCCACACGAGGUUUCAAGAGUGAGAAAAAGAGCCGCAAACAAGAUGAGAAGAUUCGACGCCGAUCUGAAGAUUCUAUGGAUGAGAGGGCUUCCUUGGGUCGCCGUCUGUAUCAGUGGUAUCAAUGGCGAGGAAUAAGAUCGCAGUAG